CCUGGUCCUUCUUCCCUUCCCUCCCUCCCUCCUGUCGCCGCCGUCGCUUCUGGCCCCCCGCUCCCGGAGGAGCUUCCGGCUCGGUGAUGGGGUCUCGGGCCUCCACGUUACUGCGGGACGAAGAGCUCGAGGAGAUCAAGAAGGAGACUGGCUUUUCCCACAGUCAGAUCACCCGCCUCUACAGUCGGUUUACCAGCCUGGACAAAGGAGAGAACGGGACUCUCAGCCGGGAAGAUUUCCAGCGGAUUCCAGAACUUGCCAUCAACCCACUGGGGGACCGGAUCAUCAAUGCCUUCUUUCCAGAGGGGGAGGACCAGGUAAACUUCCGUGGAUUCAUGAGAACUUUGGCUCAUUUCCGACCCAUUGAGGAUAAUGAAAAGAGUAAAGAUGUGAAUGGACCAGAACCACUCAACAGCCGAAGCAACAAACUGCACUUUGCUUUUCGACUAUAUGAUUUGGAUAAAGACGACAAGAUCUCUCGCGAUGAACUGUUACAGGUGCUACGCAUGAUGGUCGGAGUGAAUAUCUCAGAUGAACAGCUGGGCAGCAUCGCAGACAGGACCAUCCAGGAGGCUGAUCAAGAUGGGGACAGCGCCAUAUCUUUCACAGAAUUUGUGAAGGUGUUGGAGAAAGUGGACGUAGAACAGAAAAUGAGCAUCCGAUUUCUUCACUAAAAGACUGGGACCAAACCGUUCCUUGCUCUCUAGUAUUUAAGAACUGGAAGUUGAGAGUCCUCCUGUCCAUCAGCCCCACCUCCACCCCUUCUCCUCCUUCUCCCAGAGUACUAUGGCUGUUGCAUGAUACCAAGUUAUGUUCUGUCAACACGAACCUGCCUUUGGUGUAUAAACAGGGCAUUACAGAAUGGUACACCCAGUCUAUAUCUGUUCAGUAUCAUUCACCAGUUAUCUUCAUUUCUAAGUACCCCCCAGCCCGGUUCUGCUCCUGAAUGCCACAUGUCCAUCUAGUCUGAGAAUGUGAGAGAGGGAAUCAUGCCAAGAACCAGCCAGCAAAGCUCUUUCCCUGGAUGAGACUGUAUCCAUGCCGCCUUCCCUCCAGCUGGGCGUUAGCGUGCUUCUCCGUCCUUUUUUAUCUGUCCUUUGCUUCCUACUUCUCUUUCACCCGACACACCAUUCACUUCGUCUUCGCACUGUUUUUUUAUUACGCUUCAGUCCCCUUUGUUCUACUCGGCACCCUAAGCUAUGCCUGUUCCGUGUAUUUGUGACUUGGCAGGAUAGUCCUGUGGUCUGGCCGGUUUUAAAUUACCUUCACUCUUCAAUGGGUCUCUGGGAUGUUGCCUGUCCAGGAGCUUUGCAGUAACCGACACGUCUCUCAGAAGAAUGUGAAUGUCUCUUGGUCCCUUGCACUCUGCUCUGUUAUCAAAGGGCUGUGGAUCGGAGAUGUUCUUCACAGGUGGUGGCCUUGGUGAGAGGUGUAGAGCCGAGUCUUGUAGGUGGCUGGCCCAGGUCGCUCUACCUCUGGCCUCUGAUUCUUAGCAUACAUUCUGAUGUGGCUACUCUUGUACAGUGUUGACUUUUCAGAAAAUAGCCAUAUGCCGGCAGGGUGGCUUAGUUUAGGGACACCAUCGGCACCAGAAUGGCUGCUCUGGCGAUAUGCAUGGGGACGUUCUCAUGGCUUUUUGAAUAAGGAGGCUGGGCACCCUAAAAGCCUCAGGUAUUCCCACCUCUGCAGCAUGGUUUGUGCCUCAGUGUUGUGUGCCCUAGAAUGUUUUUCACUUCACAUUUCCAAGUAGAAAGAUUAGUGUUACAGAAGUGCCUAACCAUCCCAGUCCAAGAGAUUUAGAGAUUGUCCCCAGUGUCUUGAAGUUUUACACAAAAUUCUCUGAAUUUUACACUCGGCAAAUGUUAAUGCUGGAAGCCAUAGUCAGCUCCUAAUACAGGUCCAAAGCAUUGAAUGUAUCAUUAGCUGCCUGGUUACAUUGACUCCCUAGCUCCUCUUGUAGACCAUUGCGAAUCCCUUAGAAACAAGGGGUCCGGCACUGGUGGCAUGACCUGAGGUGGCAUUACAGGCCUUUGCAUGAGCCAGAUGCAACUUCUCUGCUAAGUCAGCUUAGUAUAGACCUCAUUGAAUCAGGUUGUUGUCAUCCUAACAUGUCUUUAUGAGUCUGUUCAUCCUUAUAUAUCUGCCCUUGGCUGAUUUUCUCUGACUCCUUGUUUGCUGGCUUGUUUCCUUGCUUUGGAAGGCUAUCCAAGAUGUAUACACAAUACAUUAGGAAGGGAAUUGCUAAAAGAAAAACAAAAAACACUACAAAGGGAAGAGUGAGGAACAGAGUUGUCAGGCUGGAUGACUCAAGUGUAAAUGACUGAGGAAUUCUUGAUGAAGUAUCAGUUUGUCUGUGAUCAAAUGAUAUAAUAUAGGAAUUGUAUAAAAGGGAAGAGUUGCCUGACACUGAUCUGCUUGAAAGGUACUUAAGGGUUCCUUGACUUGCAUAUUUAAAGUUCCUAAGAUUGUGGCUUUUUCCUCCUUUUGGCUGUAUAGCAAACUAUUUUAAUCCACAGUGGUGCCUUAUUGUUCCAUUAAAACUGUAUUCUCCAAUCCAUCAAUAAAUACUUGUGGUUAAAACAAUA